AUGACCGACUAUUUACCGGGCACCGCUGGACUCAUCGAGGACAUUGACAAGAAGCAUUUAGUCGUCUUGCGCGACGGUCGAACUCUGAUCGGCAUCCUCCGCGCGAUCGACCAAUUCGCUAAUCUCGUUCUUCACCAGACAGUCGAACGCAUCCACGUCGACGGGUUCUUUGGCGACAUUCCCAGAGGAAUUUUUGUUGUCAGAGGUGAAAACGUAGCCCUAUUCGGCGAGGUAGAUUUGGAAAAUGAAAACCGUGGUAAUCUGCAGGAAGUUUCCGUGGAAGAAAUCCUCGAGUUGCACCAACAAGUGACUGCGAGAAAAGACGAACUCGAGCGUCGAAAAUCGAGAGCGAUGCGCGAACGCGGCCUCAUCCCUCACCAAGAUGUCCCCGACGAUCUUUAUUUCUAA